UGCCAUUGGAUCCUGCACAAGUCAAUCCCACAUGUGGGUGGGCGGUUUGAUUCAGAGCUGCACACCCAAAGAAAGUUUAUACAACAAAAGGUUGUGGGAAAGUUGCACACCAACCACAUGCGUGCGAACACGAUUUGUACUACGAAAAUCUUAAAAGAGUUUUACGUAAAUUGCGUUUAAGACUUUAUUCAAGCUCAGUUCCAUUCAAGCCACAAUGAUGUCAUACUUGUGGAUUUUCGUCCUUGGAAGUUUAAUCGUGACUGGAGUAAAGAUGCAAGAAGACGGUGUGGAAGGUGCUGAGAAUGCUGAGUCUCCGGGAGAUGACCUUCCAUCAGCCGUUCCUGAUGAAGACAACACAGCCUCAGAAGAUUUACCACCUGAUUCCAAAGACGAGUCUCUCAGCGACGCAGAGCCUGGAGACGCUGAACCUACACCUGAAAAACCAGUGGAGGAGGUUGUGGAUGAAGCCGCAGCUCCUGCAGAGACUGAAGCUGAACAGACAGACUCGGAGUCAGAUGUUGUCGAGGACGAGCAACCAACACCACCAGCAGCUGCAGAGGAACCUGUUGAGGAAGACGCUCCUGCUGAAACAGAUGAAGGCGAUGCAGAUAAAACAGAAGCUGAUCCACCUGCUGUAGAGACUGAACAAGAAAACACGCCAGAGGAAGCUACAGGUGAAGUAACAGAGGAACCAGCGCAAGAGGAACCGGACGAAGGUGAAGCAGACACAGGUGAAACAGACGCAGGUGAAGCAGACGCAGGUGAAGCAGACACAGGUGAAACAGAUGUUGGAGAAACAGACGUUGGAGAAACAGAUGUUGGUGAAACAGAUGUUGGUGAAACAGAUGUUGGUGAAACAGAUGUUGGAGAAACAGAUGCUGAUGAAGCAGAACCCAGUGUCGUACCAGAGGAUCCAGUGGAUGUUGAUGUAGCAGUGAAAGUUAAUGCUGAUGUAUUUGAUCUUUCUGAUGCUCUCAAUGGAGAUACAGAGAUUGAAAUGGGAGAUGCAGACAAACACAGUUCAGGUCAAGGCAAAGCUCGCAGCGCUGAAGCCGCUUCUGAGCCAAAAGACAGUGGAUCCGGUACGGUUGUUGGUGUUGUCUGUGGGAUUGCAGUAGCAGCUGUUGGUGCCAUAACCGGCUACUUCACCUAUCAGAAGAAGAAACUGUGCUUCAAGGUCCAGAGAGGUGACCCAGAGAGUGCCAAAGAAGAGAACGGCACGCAGAGCGAACCACAGGUUUUAAGCACCCUCCUGAACUCGCCCUAACUCGAGCAGUGAACGCGGGUCUGCGGGCGGUGAAUUCCCAUGAAGCUACUGUGAACUGGUUUACAUUGGAAGAGCACAUUGUAACUACUCACAUCUGGAGAAUCAGAGUGAACUUCACAAACAAAUGCAUUCACAGUGCAGAAAGUCAGCACUUAGAGUUCCUGACGCAGCCUUCUUCAUAACAUCAUCAUCAUCAUCAUCUUCCUACUGCUUCGACUACAGUUCUGAACUAGCACACAGGACUGUUAAUAAUUGGUUUUGAAUGUAAUUUCACAUAGUUUGAAUGGGACGGGAUGUGUGUACGUGUAUGCAUGUGUAAUAUGACAGCCUUUUGGGAGAGGCGUUUCAUUUUGUUGCUUUAAAAAGUGUCAUUUAGUUACUGUGUUAUUAAUCACACAGUUUUGUUUGAUGUCUAAUUGUUGCCGCUGAUUCUUAAACAAGCAAAUCUCACACCGUGGAAUGAUUCACUUUGAAAUUAUGUUGUCUGACCAAAUAGAAUUCAUAGGAUUUUUUCUUUCUUUUUUGUUUUUGUUUUUUAAAUUCUGUAAAUAAGUGUUGAGUUUGAAUAAAGGGUUGGUUACAUUUAAA